AUGUCUCGCUUGGCAGCGAUCGCCCGCCGGUGUCCUCGACCCUCUUCCCCCCAUCUCCAAUACCGCUCAUUCCAUCCGACUCCCGCCUCCUCGUCUCUGCAGAACCUCUUCGAGACCUCCGAUCUUCCCUCUUUAUCCGUCGCCAAGCUCACAACCCGCGGCUUCCAUUUCACAGACGACCUCGUCAUCCCUGGCGGAGUGAUCCUCAUCGGUGGGCGGGCGUUGAUGUGGAAUGUCGAUCCGCCUGUCCUACCGGAAGGAGGGACAUUGGUGGAUGCCUGGAAGGGCUGGGAGGCGGAGCGUCUGGCGGUGUUUGCGAGUGUGGUGCCGAGGCCGGAGAUCUUGCUGUUCGGGACGGGAGAGAGCGUGUUGCCGGUACCGAAGCGGAUCAAGGAUUAUGUGAGCAGCUUGGGGAUACAGCUGGACGUCAUGGACUCUCGCAACGCGGCAUCGACGUACAACCUCCUCACUGAAGAAGGGCGGACUAUAGGCGCCGCACUCUGUCCCCUCUCCCCCAUCGAUCCCCACUCCGGCAAGCCCAGAUGA